AGAUUCACCCUCAUCAGUGUGUCGUGUGUCGCGGCGCGAAGCGCGCGGGAAAUUUAAAAAAAAAAUACCUCUAGUGUCAAUUCUGAUGUUCAAAUUAAACUAAAAUUUUUUGACGGUACUUCAAAAAUAGCACAGAUUCAAAAUGAGCUAUGGUGGAUUGUACGAUAAUUUUAACUAUGAAAAAGUGACGGAUAAAAAUGAUUGUUGUAAUAAGGAUUCAAAUAGUAACGAGAGUGUGGAAUUAAAGGAAGAGGAUCACAUACAACACGUGUUAGGGCCGAGUAGGAGGUGUCUAGCGUGGGCCUGUAAGGCUUGCAAGCGGAAAACAGCAGCUGUCGAUCGGAGGAAAGCGGCUACACUACGCGAGCGACGGAGACUGAGAAAAGUAAACGCAGCUUUCGAGGAACUUCGAAUACGAGCCAGGGCGGGCAGCGGGAGGCUACCCAAGUUGGAAAUAUUGCGAGCGGCGAUACAACACAUAGAGAGGCUACAAGCGGCGCUGAGAGCAGCUGCCUUGGAGACAGACAGCUGUAAGGGGUACGUGGAACCAGUCACGAAGACACAGAGCGAAGUUAAAGACACGAAGACAGACAAAGAAAAACCAUUCCUUAAUGGAGACUCCACCGCGUGUGGCUUGAACAGUCUAGCGCGCUUGCGUUGCAUCGUACAAGCUCUGACAAAGGACCCGUAGCUUUAAAUAGUGAUUUAGUUAAUAUUAAACAAUAUUGUAAGUGAAAUUCGGUGCUCAACAAUAAAUAUUUAUUUUAAA